ACAGUGAGUCCAACGUGGAUGAGUUUAAAGCAGUUUAGCGAUUGAAUAUCGGUUGAACCCUGACGAAGGUAAUCGAGUAGUAAUCAGGGCAGUGGUACGGGCAGUGAACUCCCUUGGGGCAGAGCAUAUGCCCUCCCCACGCUAUCGCAAGGUGUUGAUGCGCAAAGAGUAUAACAGGGCAUGAACAUGGACUUACGAGGGCUUGGCCUGUCUCUUCUUCCUUGGACCAGGAGUUUGACCCACGCAGUCUUUCUCCAAACUUCGGCAUCGAUCACAUUGUUGUGGCCCCAAAGACUGGGUGCGAAUGCAGCGUGUCUUUGCUGCCGCACACGGAGCGCAGGCCGCGCCCCAUCUGGCGCUGCGACUCGUCUUUGGUCUGUCCAUCUUAACUCGACUGUGCAAACAUUCGUCUUGGCCUUUACCGCGAAAUCGUGGCGGCUUCUGGGAGCAUACCGUUUUCGUACGAUGCGCACGCCGCGGAAAGUUAAGACCACGUUGGUUUUGGGAGUCCUCGAAGUUUGGCGGAGGUUUUCUCCGGAUCUUCCACAGCGCACGCACCAGAAUAGGCUUACUCAUACGGAGUACCGUACCUUAUACUGGGUGCCGCAGUCCCCGCAGUCCGCAAUAAUAUAGUAUAAGUGGGGCAUGGCACGGAUAAAACCCGAGAAUUCCGCGGGAAGAUUUGCACAUGCCGUACUUACAUGAAAUCCCCAUACUCAACUUACAU